AUGUUUUCCGAUACGAGCAGUCUUGCUAGCAGCCAGUCAAGCCAGUUCAAGAACCUACUGGAGGCUAUGCUCGAGAAGCUGAAGACGGAUCCAAGCAGCGUCACGGUUGAUGAUGCUCGUCUUCUGUUUGACAACUUCACUGCGAGUGACGAGAGAGCGGUCCGCAUUAUCUCUGCCGUGGAAUAUCUGGCUAUUGCUAACAAGGACUUGCAUGACAAGGUGGAGAGCAGCCCUGGGGAGGUGACUAUAGAGGUGCUUCGUACCACUCAGAGUGUUGUUAGCAAAAUGCAGAAGGCUCUCGGUCACACCAACGUUCCCCAUCCAGAAGUUGAAGGCGAGCUCCAGGAGGAAAUCGCCAAGAUCGAGCCCAAGAUUGUGCAAGGCACAGUGACAAAGGCGGAGGCCGAUCGACUCCAUUCACUCGAGUCUCGUGCAUAUGGACACACUGAGAAGGGCGGUAUCACUGCUGCCGCUCAGUCUGUUGUUGCGAGACGUGAGCGUCAGCUAUCACUAAGUGGCGGUCCCAAAGCCUUGCAGCCCUCGGAAAGUGAACAGCCUCAACCAAACAAAGGAAGCUUUACAUCACCUGAACAGCAAUCUCAGCAUGACAAGGAGGAAAACAUUCUGCAAGCAGCGGACGCCGUCAAGGACAAGAUAGAAGAGGGUACUGUGACCAAGGAAGAGGCUGGUCAUCUACAAUCGCUUGAAUCUCGCACUCAUGGUGAUACCAUAAAGGGAGGUAUUGCUGCUACUGCUCAAUCAACUGCUGCAAGGCGCGAGUCGAAUGCUAGCGAUGCGUAUCCUUGCGCUGACGAGCUCGCAAUCCGACCAAAGAUCCAGGACAACAGUAAGAACACCCUCUCUCCCCAAGAGCAAUCCCACCAUGACAAGGAAGAGAACCUUCGCCAAGCAGAGCUUGCAAUCCAACCAAAAAUCCAGGAUAGUACCGUCACGCCAGCUGAAGCCAACAAGCUCCACUCAUGCGAGAUGCGUGCUCAUGGACAUACUGAGAAGGGUGGACUGGCCGCGACAGCACAGUCUGUUGUUUCCCAUCGCCAGAGAACUCUCAGCGACAUCUCCAACUCGCCUCAUCCCUCGGAAACGGAUGCUGGACCACGCAAAGAAGAUACUGCUGUUAACAAGGAGCCCAAGAAGGUCGAGGGUGACUUGGGUGACGUACGAAAGGCAGAGAACGAGGCCCAGUGA